GAAUAAUCCGCGAGCAAAUGCAGCGUGUAAACACGGUAUAUUCGAUACGUGAUUCUAUAUCUAUCUUUUAGAGAAUUAAUCAUAAAUUAUUUGUGAAUUUCAGUUAAAGGUUCAUCAUCUGGCCAAUGUUUCAAUAGGAUGUUGGUGGAAUAUAAGCUCUUCUGACCAUGGAUUACCUGCGAUCAAUGAAAUCUAAACUGGUUACUAAUCUUGCGUCAACCGGUCUUAUUCAACACCCGGGAUAUGGGGAAGACAUCGAACUUUGUCCCAGGGAUCGAGUCGUUUCUCGCAAAUACACAAAUGAACUGACAUCACCUGACGAUACCCCGGAUGCAGAGACGCCGGACGAAUCUAUAUCCCAUCAUGCUAAUGGACAAGCGUUAGGAUCGAGUAAGAGUUCGGAUAACCAAGUCGAAAAGCCCUCCAAUGAGCAAGAGAAGGGGAAGAGCAGCGCUUUACAAGCUUGCUGGAAUGUCACUAACUGCAUGCAAGGCAUUGGUAUCCUCAGCUUACCAUACACAGUCAAGCAAGGGGGUGUGGCAUCAUUGGUUGCCAUGGUAGUUGUACUCGUCCUUGGUCACUAUACCAGCAAGAUCUUAGUUUACUGUAAAUACAACGACGAUGAGGAUGAUGAAGAUUGCGACUCGAGGAUAAACGACACACGUAGAAAAGCUCCGAUUGAAUCAGACCGUCCGGAGGUCGUGCGAGAGACAUACGCCGACAUCGCUGAUGCUUGCUUCAAACAUGGAGGCCACGUGAUCAAUGCUGUACAGAUCGUUGACAUGCUGACGGUGGCAGCGCUGUAUCUUCAGUUGUCGGGUGCCCUACUGGUAGAUACCUUUCCGCAAGCUGGAUUAAACCGGUUUCUCUGGACAGCCAUAACCGUCGUCGUGCUUCUUCCAACGGUGCUCUUCAAGAAUCUUACCAGGAUAUCGUGGUUGAGCCUGGUGGCUUUAAUCGCUCUUGCCGUUAUGUUAUCAAGCGUAGUGUGGUACAGCUUUGGUCGUAGCAUCCGCUGGAAGAUGGAGAGCAUCCCGCCGUUUUCCAUCGAGCCCUUCGCCAUCAGCGCCGCCAUGAUAUCUCUCAAUUUUGGGGCGCAGUUCUUGAUGCCGGGAGUGGAAGGCAGUAUGCGUGAACCUUCAAAAUUCAACACGAUGCUCAACUACUCCUACAUAGUUACAGGGUUUCUCAACGUUGGCUUCUCCCUCUUCGCCUUCUUGACCUUUGUGGAAGACACGCAGGAGUUCGUCACUUACAACAUGCCUCGAGGACCACUCCAAGCUACUGUCAGUUGUCUUUUCGUCAUCAAGUCUUUACUUACUUACCCGCUUAUGAUUUUUGUCAUCGUGAGUACCGUCGACUCAAUGAAGUUGUCGUUCCUGCCGCGUUGUUAUCCAGAACAAGAUGAGCGUUGUCCUCCUAUUUGGGCCAUCAUUUUUAGGGUUAUCCUAGUAGGCAUGUCUUUCCUGAUGGCUGUGGCAAUUCCGCACUUCUCGUUGCUGAUGGGUGUUUCUGGGAGUCUCACCGUACCAUGGCUGGACUAUAUAUUUCCGUGUCUGUUUUAUUUAAAGCUGAGAAAGACCAAUAUAGGAAUGCUGGAGAAAGCAUAUCUUUGGUUCAUCAUCUUGCUAGGUGGAAUAGCAGGUGCCGUAGGACUUUUCUAUUCGUGUAGAGCUAUGGUUAGGGCAAUGUUAGGAGAAAUCAAUGAUGGCUGGUAGUAGCUGCUCACUGAACCAGACUGUGGUUACUUUCAUCUUUCGUGCACGGAUAUUCAAUUUGAUGUUAUUCUUAGGUUCAGCCAACAAAACUAUCAGUAGACUUACUAAAAAUUUAAAAUAUGAUGAUUUGUGUGGAAUGUACCUUGCAUGUGGUGUAUGAAACCAUGAAGUGAAUGGAAGCAGAUUCUGAUCAGGGGCAUGUUGGGCAUGAAAUUGUACAAAAUUAUGUCUGAAACCAAGGUCAAGAGCAGUCUGGCAACCACGUUGAUGCCGUCUCUAACACCAGACUUUGAUUUCAUUCAGUGGUUUGGAUGAGAAUCAAACUCUGUUCAGGUAUUUAAUGGACCACUCGCCCAUGUUUUUAUAAAAGUUAAAGACCAAACGAGUUUUUCCAUUACCACCACUCCCACCACUCCUAUCCUUUUCCCCUUUUUUUCUUGCUUUGAAGAUCUUUACCGAUCUUAGUCAAUAUGUGCAAUCUUUCUCCACUCUUGUUUGUCACAAUCAUGAUUAAUUAUUUUCAUAAUUAAAGAAAAACCAAAUGAUUUUGCCCCUACAUAUUUUAGUCAACCAUAGUGAAAAUUCAACCAAUUUGUGAAGCUUGAGUAUCACACAUCUCAUUGGCAAACAUGUUAAUAAGUCGAUUGACUAGAAGAAAAUUGUGGCGGUAAACAUAAAUUUGACGAACGGACAAAUUCUUUCGUCAACUCCCAUUAGAGGUUAUUCGGAUCAUUAUCAUCUAGACAUUGAAUUCAAGAAAAACCUUUGGGCUGGUAUUCUGAUAACCAUGGUUUAGUUAAACCUGGCUUAAAGGGGAAUCCAACCCAAAUAAAAACUUGUUUCUAUAAGAAAGAGAAAAUCAGACAAGUUGAUAGGUGAAAGUUUGAACAAUAUUGGACAAACAACAAGAAAGUUGUGAAUUUUUAAAAGUUGUAAAUAUUGGUAAUCACUAUACCCAUGGAGACUUCAAAUUGGCCGCAUAUGGGAUGUCAUAGUGAUGUAAGGCAAGGACUACUCUUCUAUGUACUCCAAUACAUAUUAUGGCUAAAAUGUAAUUUUUCCCCAAAGUUUUUUUUCAAAUUAUAUUUUUCUUUCAUGAGGACAUAAAACAAUAUACUACCUGGGUAUAUAUUUAGAUUACUGCCCCAGGGGAAUGGGUUCUUAAGAGAAAACCACAUAUCCCUAAUAAUAAAGUACAUGGCCUAUGGGAAAGUUGUCCUUGCCCCUUGUCAUAAUUUACUUACCCAGUUGCCAAUUUGAAAUCUACAUACUAUUAGUGAUCUCAAUUUUAAAGCAGCUAUAACUUUCUUAUUGCUUGUCCGAUUUCUUUCAAACUUUCACCAUUCUGUUUAAUUUAUUUUUCUCCUUCCCAACACAACAUUUUAUGGCCAAGGCUGGAUUCCCCUUUAACUUAGACCACACUUUUAUGGAGUGUCAGUUGUCAACUCAAUCGCCACUUCAAAAAUAACCUUACCCUGCUGCAAAAAGUUGUC